AUGACUACAGCGGGGAUGGAUCUGCGUCUUCUGAGAGCGCACCAAACAACCAUCGCAAUUUUGCCAACUCUGAGCCCCACGGAAAAUGACACCAGUUGCGGGGAGCAGAUUCUUAUCCACGGGAAUGUGGAGAAGGUGCUUAUCGGAGGAGUUCUCACUGUGCUCACUUUGUUCACUAUUUGCGGGAACUUACUUGUGGUGAUAUCCGUGUGCUUUGUGAAGAAGCUGAAGCAGCCCUCCAAUUAUCUAAUUGUCUCCCUAGCCGUGGCGGACCUGUCCAUAGCAGUGGCGGUGAUGCCCUUUGUCAGCAUCACGGACCUCAUCGGGGGGCAGUGGAUCUUCGGACAGGUGUUCUGCAACAUUUUCAUUGCCAUGGACGUGAUGUGUUGCACUGCUUCGAUCAUGACCCUGUGUGUAAUAAGCAUAGACAGGUACCUAGGCAUAACUAAACCCUUGACCUACCCUGUACGACAGAGUGGGAGAUGCAUGGGCAAAAUAGUUAUCUCUGUGUGGCUGCUGUCUGCUUCCAUCACCCUUCCCCCAUUGUUUGGCUGGGCCCAGAACGUCAACGACGACAAGGUGUGUCUCAUCACCCAAAACGUGGGCUACACCAUCUACUCCACCGCUGUUGCGUUCUACAUCCCCAUGUCGGUAAUGUUGAUUAUGUACUACCGCAUCUACCGAGCGGCCAAGGUGAGUGCCGCCAAGCACACCAUCCAAGGCUUCCCCAAGGCGGAGGACGAGCGUAACAGUGUUGACAGCGUGGCUCCGGCCCUGAAGCUCCAGAAGGAGGUGGAGGAGUGCGCCCGUUUCUCUCAUCUACUGAAGAACGACAGGAAAAACAUCUCCAUCUUCAAGCGGGAGCAGAAGGCGGCUGCCACACUGGGCAUUGUGGUGGGGGCCUUCUCUGUCUGCUGGCUGCCAUUCUUCCUGCUGUCCACGGCCAGGCCCUUCAUCUGUGGGGUAGAGUGUAGCUGCCUUCCCCUCUGGGUGGAGAGGUUUCUCCUCUGGCUGGGCUACGCCAACUCCCUCAUAAACCCAUUCAUCUACGCCUUCUUCAACAGGGACCUGAGGACCACCUACCGUAACAUCUUGCUCUGCAGGUACAGGAACAUUAACCGCAAACUCUCCGCCGCCAGCAUGCACGAGGCCCUCAAACUGGCUGAGAGACCAGAGCUGGAGAUCCAGAACACCAAUUACCUUCAGAAGUCA